UGCGCCUGCGCUCGUUGCAGGUCUUGUCACCAUGUCUCAGAGGAUUGACUUGGAGCAAAUGCAUAUGACGGGGCAGAUGGCCACCGCUGCUUUACCGCUGGCCUUGUUUCUGCAAAGCGCCAAGAAGUCAGUGGUCGAUUUCUGGAGCAGCGUCACCCAUACCCUAGGACACGUUGCGGAUUGCUCCGGGCUGUCAUCAGUUGUGGGUGUCACCUGUCAGGCAGAUGCAGAGAUCACCGGUGUCGAUGCGUCGGCAGAUCUCCCUUUGGACAAGAGCUAUUUGGAGGUGGUGAUCCAAGAAUCUGCCUCUGAGAUCAAGACCUUGAAAAGUCUUGCAGCUUCAUCAUCCUCCAAUCCCGUUUGGGACUUCCUGGUCGAGGAGAAGGUGGAAGUGCGAGCCAACCGAGUGCCCAACAUCCUCAUCAAGGUCCUCUCUUGGCAGCUCAUUGGGCCGAGGGAAAUCGGCUCAGCCUUUCUGAUGGCUAGCGUGCAUGGAGACCAAGUCCAUCAGCAGGAGCUGACUUUGAAGCCGGCCGAUAGCAUCAUCCCAUCUUUGACAAAGCCCAAGGCAUCGAAGCUCAUGGUUGCCUGGCAACUUUGUGACGAAAGCGCUUUCAAACCUGACCUCUCCAGAGUCGCUGAGAUGAGUUCCCUGGCCCUGUCGAAACGCUUCUUUCGGAUGGAGGUGGCCGUGAAGCGGAUUCAGCUGUCCAAAGCCCUGGUGGGCGCAAUUCCUGGAGUCGAUCUGCAUUCCGACGACUUCUGGGACCAUUUGCCGGACAUGUUCGCGCAGAUCAGUUGUUUGAAGCUGGACGAAGCUGGCAAGAAGGAAGAGGCAGUGAUCUACCAAGAAUACUUGAAAGUGGAAGCUUUGCAGAAAAGAGGCAAGGGGAAACACCACGUCCUCUUCAAAGUGAAAGAGGAGACGUACGAUGGCGAUGAUGACGAUGAUGGCAAGCGACGGUCGCGGGGCAAGCGAAAGAUUGAGAGGCACUUGAAAAGCUGGGAAUUAUUGGAGAACGAGAUCUCACUGAUGAACUAUGAAGUCCACUUCAAGAUCAUCAUGACUUCAAAGACCAACCAUCGGACCGCCCAGGAACCGGUCUUGACACGGAAAGUACUGGGCUCCUGGAAGGGCUCCUUGGCAAAUCUCUACGACAAGAUCUCGAACAGCCAGCGGAAGGAACACUUCGCAGCGCAGUUGCUGACCAACCAUCAUGACAAGAUGCGUGUGGGGCUCAUGGAAGUGAUCUUCGACAUUAACCAAACAGGCGCAGAUCUGCACGACGAGGCGUUGAUCAGGAGGAGCUUGGAAGAUGGAGCCUAUCUCCCACCUGUGAAUGCUGGUGACUACAACCAAGAUUGGUCCUCGCAGGGAACCUUUCAUGUCGAAGCCAUGGCCUGCGGUUUGCGGAUGCCCUUUCCCAAGAUCAAGGUCUUCUCAGCCCACGCCCAAAGCCAAGAGUUGACCUUGGAUACGGAGUUUGUCGACAAAGACAAAUGGCUUUCGACUUUUUCGGGUUCCGUGCCAGUCUCGGUCUCCAAGACCCGGCAGAACGUGAGGUUCGAAGUCUGGAGCGGUGGCAACAACUUGAUUGGUGAGGAACGGCUCAUUGGAGAGACGUCGGUCUACGCCGCGGGCCCGGGACGGAUGGAAUGGAAGCACUUGUACGGCGGAGCGCUGCAGAGCAAUUACAAAAAGAGCGAGGAACAGAUGAAUCGAGGCCGCAUGACUCCAAGUACCUACCGUGGCUCCUUAUUUCUUCGCUUCUCAUCUAGGCCCACCACAGGUGAGUCGCUCAGAGAGGUGACGAAGACAAAGAUACGGAGGGGAUAUUUGCAAGUGAAACUCUACCGGGGAAUCUAUCUCGCAGGGUUCGAGGGCAAGGAGGUGAGCGUGCUCAUCCAGCUGCCAGGAUGUGCCAUUCCCGAUCCAAGGAAUCAGUCUCGAAACAACUUCAACUUGCUCUCUUUUCCUGCAAAGGUGGACAACAAAGGAACCAUGACCUUCCUGACUGAAGAUGGGAGUUUCAUGCCCUGGUCAAGAGAGGCACACGGCUGGGUACAGAGAAGCACCUCCAAGGAAAGGAAAGAUCUUCUGAAGAUCCCAGAAGCUGUCAAUGCAGCACGCUUUUAUAUCGUGAAAAGAGGAGAUGAGGAUAAGCCGCCGGAAGCCUUUGGCAGGCUUCUGAUCUCCAUGGACGAGGAACGUGAAGCCAAGUGGAUGCGGGUCACCUGGGACCAAUCCGUGGUGAAACUGCCUGAAACAGAUCGCCUAUUCAAAGACGAUUUGGUAGGCUACAUCUUGGGCUCAGCCACGGUGGUGUGCCCGCACUAUGAGAGCAAUGAGGAUAAGAACGAGGUGACUGAAACAGACGCGCCGCAUGGUGCCUUGAGCGAGAUCAAAAUGAAGCUGCAUGAGAAGGCUGAGGAGACACAACGGGAAGUCGCACAGAUGGUGAAGAGCGUUGAACGAGUCGUGGUGCAGCCAGUCAUGAUCAAACCUGGCUCGGUCCUGUGCCAGCCCUGCAUGGCAGAAAGGGUGAUGCAAGUGGGAGACUCCGGCUAUGACGUUCAGUCCUGUCCACAGCACCGUGUCCAGAUGUGGUGUCAUAUCGACAUGCUCGCGGCCAGAUGUCUACCAACUGCGGAUCCGGACGGCUUGGGAGAUGUUUGCUACGAGAUCGAGGUGGGCGAAGAAGGCGGGCUCUUUGAUGCAGAAAGGAUCCGAUCAUUGAAUCCCAGCUUUCUGCACCGCCUCGUCAUCGGACCCUUGUGGGUGGAAGUGAAGCCUCAGGUGAAAUUCGACAAGGACGGCCUUAAGGAAGGCGGGCUCACACUGGAACCCAAGGAUUUGCUAGACCUGCCUCCCAUCGUGGUGCGAGUGCUGGACUGGGACGAAGGAGAUUCAUAUGUCCCAGGCGAUUCAUAUGAGCUGAUGGGUCGAGCUGUGGUGCCGAACCCGGACUUUCUGGACAGCAAGGGAGUUGUCUCCGAGGAGGACGAUGGCCAGGGCCCCGUGAAGGUCUUGGACGUGAACCAAGCGCAUUCGCCCGCUUGGUAUUCCUUGGAGUUCGAAGGUCAAACACGUUUCAUCCGCUCCAACGCAGGGGCAACCUGUGAUGAAUCCUGGCAGAAUCGGCCAAGACUAUUGAUGGCUGCAGGCU